GCAGAUGAUGUCUCUAGCUCUAACUCCACGCCCUGCGCUUUUACUCAUUGUCCUGAUGCAUAUGAGCCUGAAUACUUCUGCUUUCCCCCAACCCUUCCAGAGAAUAUCCCCUUCAGAUGGCCAGGAUUCUAUACAGGAGCAAUGGAAGGUCCUCUACCCUUCCAUCUCACUCCGUGACUGGAGUGUCCAAAUGUUGUCCAGCCCAGACUUCGGUGGUGCAGACCCCAGAACGGAGCAGCUGCCUGUGGAAGAGUGGAUCCCCCUUAGCCAAUCACAGAUGGAGGAGAAACUGAUGAAGGGAUGGCCAGGAGACUGGCAGCAGCGGGUGGGCAACCAAGAAAAGCGAAACAUUGUGGUGGCAGAUGAUGCAGCAUUCAGAGAGAAGAGUAAGCUUCUCACAGCCAUGGAGAGACAAAAAUGGUUAAACUCGUACAUGCAGAAACUGCUGGUAGUUAACUGAAAAUAGAUGGCUUGUUUCUAAAGGAAAAAUUAUAUCAUUACUAAAAAAAAAAAUGUUAAAUAGGUCACAAAGCAGGAAGUAUGCUUGUUCACUGUAAAAUGUCUGUUCAUCAAUGUAAAGAAGCCAGUCAGUAUUUAGUCUAAUGAAAAGCACCUAUACGUAUAUUAUGAAGUAGGCUGUUAUGUAGUAGGCUGUUUGUUUAUUGCUGUUAGAUUUCAGUUAUAAAUGAAAUUGCAAAAACAGUUGCUCAUUUAUUUGAUUGGAAUUCCAUAGAAUCGUAUUUUAUUUUAACCACAAAAAAAUGUAACACAUAGCAUUAUUUGAAAUAUCUGUUUGUCAUUUGACCAUCAGGACCACCAAAAAUAUAUGUCUACAAUAAAAGUGUAUUCUAAUUUCCUCCUUAAAAAUACCAGAAGUGAGUCUUUUCAUUUUUAAUUAAGACUUUUUUUUUAAAGAGCAUUUUUAAUCAAAUCCAAUAGAAUAUUAUAAUAUGUAUCCUAUAUAUAUAUAUA